AUGAAGUUCCUUCCUCUUGCCGCGCUGAUCGGACUUGGUCUCGCUAAGGACCUGGCGGGGUCGUACGAUUCCUCGGAGUUUGUGGAAGCAGUUCGCCAAGUUUAUCCAAAUGCAGACAUUAAUUGUAAAAUGUUUGGCGGAAAAUGGGUCAAAGGAAGACACCCAGGCACUGAAGUCUAUGUCGGCGAGGAAAUAGUUUGCAAUAUUGAUGGGGGCGGCAACGGCGGAGGAAACGCCAUGGAAGUUCUUGACGACGUGCACGGACGAUGUGUACGACAUCGCGCGCAGAACGGGCCGAACGGCCUGGGUUCCUAUGUGUGCAGCGUACAGGAGACAGAGUUCGACUUCGACGCCUAG